AUGCCACCGAGAAUAGCAUUACGUCUGAUGUCGCUAGGGGGCUCAGUUACAUACGGUGUUGGAUCUCCAAAUGGAAAUGGCUACAGAAAAUUACUGCAAGAUCUUCUUCUUGCCACUGGCUACGAAGUCCGCAUGGUUGGAUCACGCAAGGUUGGGUUUAUGUGCAACAACGAGAACGAAGGAUGGCGUGAACAUCGACUCGAACAGAUCAAAAAUAAAGCCAAACGGUCCAUCGCGACUGUCAAACCCAAGCUCUUCACAAUUAACGCCGGAUCUAACGACUGUAUCCAAAACUUUCAACUUGAUCUUUUUGCGGAGCGAAUGGAAAACAUGCUUAAAUAUCUGUGGCAGACCUCUCCCCUCUCUACAAUCAGUUUUUCAACGCUGCUAGUCAACGCCGACGAGCAAGUCAACUCGCGAGUUCUACGCGUUAACAUUGGUCUUCGUGACUUGGUAUUAACACAGGAAGCCCAACGGAGAAGGAUAGUUCUUGCAAAUAUGAGUAGUGCUGAGGGGCCUCAACUCGAUGAUUUGAUGGAUGGUACACAUCCCAGCGAUGACGGGUACAAGAGGAUGGCAGAUAUCUGGUUCAGAGCCAUCCAGAAAGCCUGUGCAAGGAGGUUCUUCGAAAGAUGGAAUGACAGGCUAAAGAUUGUUGAGUAUAUCGAACACUAA